AUGCAAUUCUUCUGCUUUCUGCCGGCUGCGUCGACAAUCAACCGUAAAGCCUUCUCGUCAUCCCCGUCGGAUCCCACAAAUGGACCUCCCACUGCUGUUGGCGUUACGGUGCAUGUGUUUGACAUCGCAGCCAUCGUGUUCUGGGGUUCUGAUACAUUUACCCAUGUGGUAGGAUUACCGAAUGUAUGUGAAUUCGUUUCCAUUGCUGGAGGUGCAGAGGCUGUAGGACGUCUUACCACCGGUCCAGCCGCUGCAGGGACUCCCGCUGGGGGCCCGUGUGCCGGUCACCACCGCGGUGGCGGUUCUACAGCCUCCAAGGCUGGCCGCGGCAUUACGGCUGGGCCAGCGCACGGGCUCCACGACGCGGCCACCAGCAUGACAACCGCCACCGCGGUGGUGACCGGCACACGGGCCUCUAGCGGGAGUCCCUGCAGCGGCUGGACCGAUGGGGCGCAUGUGGUUUGGACGCGUCCGCUGCCAGCAGUAGCAGUGCCGACCUCAAGUCGUAACGCACCCCCAGUGCGCGGUACAGCCACCAAACGCAGUUGCCAUCGCCGCCGCGGGGGUAGCUCCACUAACAAGAGGCGGGGAAAGGCGUCCACCACCACCAGGGCCGGCAACCGCUCUUCUGGUAAUGUCGGUAGCAACCAUCUCGACCACGGCCAUGGCGGCGGCCUUGAAGGCGAUGACCCCGUCAAUGCGACGACGAUGGAGAACACCGUCAACAGCCAGACACGUAGAACGGACAGUGGUCCAAUAAAUAAGAGCUCUCAGUUCAAGGGCGUUAGCUGGCACAAGAACACAAAGAAAUGGGAGGCUCACCUGUGGGACCCAACAGUGCCUCGCAAGAAGGACCAUCCAGGAAAGAGGAACAGGGGAAAGCAGUACUACCUGGGAGCAUACAAGACCGAGCGGAUGGCGGCCCGGGCGUUCGAUAUCGCCGCAAUCGUAUUCUGGGGUCUCGAUACCACAAUUAAUUUUCCGAGGGAGGACUACAUCGCGGAUUUGGGGUCCCUAUCCCAGCUGGACAGGGAGGAGGUGGGCCCUAUGCUGCAGUGCCUAAGUCGCAGCUUCAACGAGAAAGGCCAGUUCGGAGACUUUGGAGGAGACAAUGUGAUAAGGAGGAUCAGCAAUCUGCUUGCCACGGCCUAUCUGUCGUCUCCGUUGUUGGAGGUGCAGGGGCUUCAGGACGCCUUGCCACCGGUCCAGCCGCUGCAGGGACUUCCGCUGGCUGCUGGGCGUGUGCCGGUCACCACCGCGGUGGCGGUUCUACAGGCACCAGGUUUGCAACCCGUUGUCGUGUCGCUUGCUGACCUGCUGGUGGCCGCGUCGUGGAGCCCCUGCACCGGCCAAGCCUCAGUACUGCUGCCAGCCUUGGUGACGCUGCCAUCACAGCAACCCACAGAGGCGGCAGUUGCGGUGGUGGCGCCACAGCCAGCAGCUGUGGCUCUCGGUGACGUGGACCCUGACCAAGACUUCUUAGACUUUUUACGAAAUGUGUUCGAUGAGUGA